AUGUCCUGGAACACUUUUGAAUGCCAAAACCCAGAUCUUUGUGUAAAAUCUGCCGUUGAUGGGACAAUAUAUCCCGCCAGUCGUGCUGCUUUGAUGACCAGUGACGUCUUCAAAGACAUGUUCGCCUGUUGCGAUGUAGGACCAUCGGAUCCGAAAGGCGAGGACGCCCUAGAGCUGCAAGAAACGGGUGGAGAACUAGCCGCUCUCUUGCGCCUUUUGCACGACCCACCACCACCUCCAGAGCAGAUCCCAACUGAUGAUUUGUUCCAAAAGAUUCGAUAUAAUCUUGCAACGGUUAUCCCCCUUCCAUUACUUGUAUCCCUUUUGUUCAGGCUCGUCGAUAAAUAUGCAAUCGCCGAGGCCGUUGCGGCUAAUUUGCGGGUCCACCUUCGUGCAAACGCCCCAGCUUACCCGUUGGAAGUCUACGGUUUUGCUACCCUGCAUGAGAUGGAUUGGGAGGCAUCUGAGGCCAGCCAAUUCGUUCGCCCAAUGGCCUCGUAUAGACUGGACGAUAUCGCAGUCCUUCCUAGUGUCAUUUCUUAUCACAAACUCGUGAAAUUGCAACACUUUCGCGUUAAAGCAUUGCAGGAUCUUCUCUUAGCGGAAGAGAUCUUCCCCCAUGGUUAUGGUGCGUGCACAACACACAACGAGUCGACCACGACGUCUUGGGACAGACAACGUAAAGCCUUAAUGGGAAGAAUUGAUAGCGCCACCGAUGUAGCCGGGGAAAUGUCUGCGCUCACAGAAACCUUCGUAGCCUGUAAAUCGUGCUACAAGGCGUGUACAGCAGCUGUGGAGAUGCUCGCUUAUAAAUGCAAAAGGCUGCCAAGACGAUUGGACCAAGUUUCUAACUUGUGGUGA